GCCCAAUUGCAUCUGCAACUUCGCCAGAGUCGGUCAUGAGAAGCAUCCACACGAACGAUUCGGUUAGUUUUUGACAAAAGCAUCCACACGAGCAGGAACAGGGCAUAGCUAGAUUCCGAAUUCUCGCUGAGCUCAAAAAGGAAAAGAGGAGGUUGAUCGUGAAAUCGGCAAAGAAAGAUGCCGCCGAAGAAAAUGGGAGUAAAUAGUAAAGCCGAAGCGGCUAGGGCUCGAAAGGGCGCCGCCGAAUCCGAACGCAAAGUCCGUGAAACUCGGGAAAAAGAAGAGCAGUAUUGGCGCGAAGCCGAGGGAGCGAAGUCACGUGCCGCCAAAAAACGCGAAGAAGAAGCCGAGAAGCGAGCCGAGGCCGCAGCAAAGAAAGCGGAGGCGCGUAGACUUGCCGAGCUGGAGGAAAAAGAGCUCGAGAAGUCGAUGAAGAAGCCGGAUAAGAAAGCCAAUCGCGUCUCGAUUCCAGUACCCAAGGUGACCGAGGCGGAGCUUCGGCGGAGAAAGGAGGAGGAGCAAGUGGCGUUAGCGAAGAAGGCGGAGGAGGAGAAGCGGAGGCAGAGCCGUAUGGCGGCGGAGGAGGAGUAUGAAAAAAUGGUUCUUGUAACUAAUAGGAAUCGUGAUGAUUCAAUUAUUGAGGCUAGUACUGUGGAUGAUGCCAUUGCUUCAUUGGCUAUUUCAGAUAGUUUGCCACCUGAUAGACAUCCUGAGAAGAGACUCAGAGCUGCCUUUAAGGCUUUUGAGGAGGCUGAGCUUCGUGUUCUAAAGGAGGAAAAACCAGGUUUGACACACACUCAGUAUAAAGACUUGAUUUGGAAGCUAUGGAAGAAGUCUCCGGAUAAUCCUCUUAACCAGAUUGCAGAUAAAUCUUAGGUGCACUUUGUGCUGAUGUGGUGGCAAUAGGUCCUAUGGACUGAGAAAGGUGCUGCAGCUGUGGGGAUAUGUUGAUGGUAUAUAGUGUGACCUGAUUGGUGUUGAAAGUCUUCUGCCACAGAUGUUUGGGUGUGCUUAUAGUAUGUUGCUUCUGGUUGCAAGUGUAACGCUUCCUAAUUAGAUACUAACUCCUGUGUAUUAUUACAAAAUUAAUGUCUGCUCCACAGUACUCGUGAUGUUUUUCUGUCAUUUAACUGUAAAUAAUGUACUAGUAUUAAAUAAGUCCUCGGUUUUUGACAGUGCAUAAUACACUCAAUAAUAAGUUUUUGACCCUUUUAA